AGUGCCAAACCAAAUAAUCAACACUCAUAACACUCGGAUACACUGAGAUGCAAUUUAUACAUUCAUUACUAAACUGAAGGUCUAACCUUUGAUCAUGCCAUACAAAUAUUAGAAUCAGCUAGCAAUAUGGCAUUUCUACUAACUGCUUAUACUAUUGCAUAAUACCUUGCGUGGGGCACAACAGUUGCAUGUCUCGACAAGUUUUGUAAAUCGCCUGAACAAAAAAAUAAAAACAAUAAAAUAACAACAACGCAUCUCCAAAGUUAACAACUGCAUCUCAGCCGCACAAGAUGACAAAACUUCAAGUGAUUGUGCAUCCAGUGAGGAAGGAAUUUAGACGCAAACGUUGCGGUUUUGAUCAUGAUACGCCCGAUGAUUUUGUCAAAUCGCAGUGGCAGACCUGUACAAAGAGCAUGGUAUAUUUGUUCUAUCGCUGGUUUAUGGCCCUCUUCUUCAUCGCCGUUGUCAUUGAGUCCAUGUGGCCGCGAUCCGAUGAUGAGUCCUGCUACUGGCUAUAUUUCAUCUAUAUGACCAAUUGGGGCAUUUGGAUGUGUAUGCUAACUAAUUUACUUGGCGCUACACUUGUUACCAUAUGGCAUUAUCAUCCAGAAUACGCGGAUAAGCUGCUCAAUAUGCAGGCCUGGACGAGCCCUUUUCGGAUUUACUGGAGCAUGCAUAUUAUUACGCUAGUCUUAUCGAUUGUCAUCACAAUUAUCUACUGGAGCAUACUCUACGAUGCCAAUGAAAGUACUUUGGAUGCCACAAAUGUACUCACCCAUGCAUUCAACUCCAUUUGCAUGUUCAUUGAUCUGUGGAUUGUGGCACAUCCGUUGCGAUUGCUGCACGUAUUUCUGCCAGUAUUGUUCGGCAUUAUCUAUGCCAUAUUCUCGUACAUAUAUCAACUGGCCGGCGGCAUCAACAAGAAGGGAAAACCGUAUAUCUAUCAUGUCAUUGACUGGAAUCAGCCUCAAAAUGCUUUUAUUACGGUUUUGGGUGUCUUGGUGCUCUCGUGUUGCAUCUAUGCGCUGCUCUUUGCUUUCUUCAAGCUGCGUCUAUUUCUCUCACGUAGCUGUCGCCAAGGCAGCUUUGUGCUGCCCACCACCAGCAAGCAGUCUGGCAACGCUGCUAGUGACACACUGGCAACACCCAAUGGCAUACAACAUUCACCCUCCCGCAUAUCCAUGGUGCUGGGCAACUAUGCAGGCUACGAGAAUCAGGCAUAUUCUCCCAGUGCUGGAGACCAGAAGCCAAAGAGUUAAGCUGUGCUCACACCUAUUAGACAUCUGGCCAAAUAUGUAAAGCGUUGCAAGAUUUUGUGGUAAAAUUAUUGGAUAGCAAAAAUAUUUUAUGAACUUGGUUUAAAAACUACAUUUUAAAUAGAAAGAAAAUAUUUCUAUCCGGCAAGAGUGCAAUUAGCUAAAAAUAAGAAUGCUGUCUAGGCUAUGUUUUGCAACUUUAGUCAAAGUGUACAGUAGAAUUUUAACCCAGUGAUAUUAUAUUAAAUUGUAGCUAAUAUUAAGCAAAUAAAUUUCAAUAUGGAUAAAUGUAGAAUGUGGA